UUCGAUUCAAGAGGCCCACACUGGCGGGCUCAACACAGUUCCACAAACGUCUGUAGCACAGCACUCGCAGCUGGUCAGCAGCAAGGCCCAAUGUCGUCCAAUGCCUACGGAAGUAUGGGAAAGGGUGAUCGACCUCUGUAGAACCAAUUGGCGCCUGGACGGCACUCGGAGCACGCAUCCGCAAGUCGAAACACAGCUACGCACCGACGGGACGUACGAGACUUGGCAAAUGUGCGCUCUCGUUUGUAAGUCCUGGUUGCCUCGUAGCCGCUACAAUCUCUUCGCAGAGGUCUGUAUCUCUCGGCCCGAACAGAUCGAUCAGCUCCUGCGUACCCUUGAAAAUCACCCGACCUUGGCAGAGCACGUCGUGAGGCUCACGAUCACCCUCCCACCGGAUGCCACUACUGGCUACAUCCCAUUCAACCGGGCGCCGCUCUCUCAGAUCCUGAGCAACUGCCGUACCUUGGACUUGCGCGGCGUUGAUUGGCGGCACUACCACCCUCGCUGGCAUUGUUUGCACUCCGUUCCGCACUUCUCCUGGGCACACGUCGUCGAGCUGUUUCUUCCUAUCGACUACCUCACGCCCGGUGGCGCCGCGCGUCUGAUAUGGUCUCAUCCUGCUCUCGCUUAUCUCACGCUCUUCCAUGGCCUCGAUUACUAUGGUAAGCUGCGUGCUAGUAGCAUCCCUUCUAUCCACCCGUCAUACCAGACUCUUGCCUCUCGGAGGGAACGGCCGCGUGAUGCGUGUCGCUAUCUCAGCGAGGUGCACAUAGUCACACGGUCAGCGGUAUCUACCACCAUCUCGUUUCCCCUUCAGCACCUGCUCGGUCACACAGUGACGCGGCUUACCUUGGCCAUGAGCAGAAGCUCUAUUGACUCACCUGACCUCUGGAACUAUAUUGCAUGCUUGGAGCAGCUUGAAAUCCUCAGCGUGUCCAUUUCCGCUAGCGAAUACGACCCCUACAGCGCCUUCGAGGACACAUUGCCCACUCUGAUGGCACACGUGAAGUCGGGAACUACGCUCCGCACGCUAGUAGUGCGCCACUACUCGAGCUCUUAG